CCUCCCCAAGCCUCCUCCCUCCACCUAGCCCAGCCCCACCUCACCUAGCACGCGAUACGGCCACAAAGUGAGUCUUGUCCCUUGCUUCCUCUCCUCCUACUUGCCCUUUCCUCGGCUUUUUUUUCCCCACCCCUGCGCGAUUUCUCGCCAGCAGCAUCCAAUGUCCUCAUAGCACAGGCAGGACCUCCCUCCCUCCGCUCUCUGAUCUUCACACCAACACACACACACACACACACAGAUCCACACUCGGGCAAGACCCUCCGCGCGUCCUCCCUCCCCUCCCCUCUCCUUGCCUGCUCUCUCUCCCUACCCAUUUCCCAUCCCCACCUUCGACCAUACCAAUGUCCUCUGCAACAAUUGGCUCUCGGGAACCUGGGCCGGUCCCUAGCUCCAUGGCCACACCUUUCCCCAUGGCGGCAAAGGCCCACUUUUUUGUCUAUGUUGUCAUGGCCGCCCUGCUCUACAUCCUCCUUCCUCGGCAGGUGUCCUUCAUGCUUAUCGGCCUUUGGACCAUGCAUUCAGCGCGCACCAUUGCCGACAUUGUGGCCGAUGAGAGGGAGUUGCAGCUCUGCUCUUCGCCUCCAAAGGCCUAUGGAACUCCCGCAUCCCCGAUGGCCAUGGCCACCCCGGGCGCCGAGGAUCCAGCCGUGCCUCCCGCCCUGGCGCCAAUUCCUUCGGCCCUUCCGGAGGUCUCUUCAGCCGAUGCUGCCAAUGUCGCCGCUUCGACCGGGCCUACCUCUGCACUGGGCGACUCCUUGGCUCCGGCGCUGGGCGACGUCUCGGUGAAUACUCCCCCCCAGAAGGACAAAGCAAAGAAGAAGGCCAAAGCCGCGGCACUUGACCCAAACUUGUCGCCAGCACUGUCAUCACUCCAGCUGGCCUCCAAUGCGGCCGAUGCUGCCACCGCCGUGCUGGCCCUUCGACCGGCCGAUGUGCUUCCCCACUUUGAGUCGCUCCCAUCCGACCCAGUGCUCCGUGUCCGAGAGCGCACGCUGCCGGUGGUCACUUCCUCGGACCUUGUGCUGGAUGCCUCCAGCCCGACCCUCGCCUCCUCCAGCACGGCUCCUGUCACGCUCGCCGCCGAUGAUGAUGGUCAUCCGGUGCAGCAUAAUGACACCUUUCAUCGUACUCAGGUUAAGGAGCAUGGUGAGAAGAUCGUUGUCCAAUCGAUUGCCCAUGUGGUAGCCAGCGCCAACAUUGAGCGAGUCAUCUCCUCCGACAGCAUCCCCAACAUGGCCCGGUCCACGCCUCCCGGCUCUGCUGGUGCCUCUCUCCCCGGCCCGGCUCCCGUUCCCCAUCAGCCAUCUCCUCUUGCCCAGGCCGUCAGUGUUCCAGCAGCUGAGCCCGACGAGAUUUGCGUGGACAUUGCCUCCGAGCCGGGCUCGCGGCGGCGUUCUUCCUCCAUGCGACGCAGCUUGACGCCUCGCCCAUCUAUUUCAGCGAGUGCCACUGCCUCUGCCGCUCAGGCUCCCACUGCGACGGUCCCGGCUCCGACUCCGGUUCCAGCUCCGGCCCCGGCUCCGGCCCCGGCCCCGGCCCUCACUCCGACAGACUUGGCCGCUCCGUCAGUCGCCUGUCCCACAAGUGCGGCAGCUGCAGCUGCCCUUCUUGCGACCAGCCAAGCCAAUGUCUCGGCUUCAGAGGAUUUGCACGCGGUCCAGCGCCAGCGCGAGCGCGAUUCCACGGCCAUCCUCUACGUUUGUACCAAGUGCCGGUACUCGGUGAAUCAGCACAUGUCCAACCACACCGCUCAAGUGGCUGACAUUGAGGAUCUAGCCCGGCCCUUUACCACCGGUCGUUGCUUGCUAAACCAUGUGCAGGACAUGCGCGAUCGCUUUAUCGCUGAUCGUGAUGCCCGACUUCGGCGCCUUCGCGGCUGUGGAGACACCAGCUGCACCGUCCCUGUGGGGGAUUUGUCCUCGGAGGCAGUGGACGCAUCUGCCACCGGUGCUGCCACUUCCGCCUCAUCAGGAACCGAUGCUGGUCCCCUGUCACCGGAGCAGCAGGCUGCCAUUGAUGCCCUUGGGCCGGACCUCCGACGCCUGCGUGUUGUUGAGUCGCCCUGCUUGAGCACCUGCUACCGCUCGAAUGCCGUGGCCUUCGAGGCUCCCGGCAAGUACUCCUACCAAUUUGGCGAUCUCAACCCGCUGACCGCGGCACCGGAUUUGCUGGAGUUCGCCAAGCUCUACCUCCAACAGGGGACUGGCUACACCAAAACUCGGUCCCGGCCACUGCAGCUCCGCGCCAAUAUCCUGGCCCGGAUUCCUCCGCGCACCGAACUUCAAUGGGAUGACUGAGUCGCGGGAAAAGGACGGGGGCGGGGGGAGCCAGCCCUGCACACAUGCAUUUCCGUUCCCCUAUUUCCCGGCCAUCUCUCCCCCUCCCCUCUACCCCCUCCUCACUCCUGGCCCUUGCCAUGCCGUACCUUGCCCUUGUUUACAUCCUAUUGCGUUGCCCGCGUGUGCUCGCACUCUGUCCUUGAGUUUCCCUCCUCCAUAUGCCUAGCCCCUCUCAUGUAGAUUCCCGAGCCCUCAUUUGCUCGACUGGCCGAGGUGUGGGCAUAUCCCUCCUCUCUUCUUUGGAAUAGACCUUGCUUAGCCUUCCCCCGAGGGCUAAUGCCCUUAUCCAUCUGCC